UGGGUCACACUGUCACGCCCCAAGUCCUUCACGACGACGACGGCGACGCUGCGACUAUUGUGGUAUCUGUUGCCUUGGAAUCUCGGGGCGGAUCAUGGCGCAGCACCAGCCACAGACAAGGUCCUCAGCCUCCUGCACAUCGGGGGGCAAGCCGCAGGAUUCGGGAGCGCUGACGCGCGAGGACUUCGAUGGCGGGCCCGUGAGCAUUGACGAGAUCGAGACGGGCCUGUUUCUGGGCAACCUGACGGCGGCCACGCACAUGGAGACGCUGCGCUCCUUCAAGAUCACGCACAUCCUCACCCUCGACUCGGUGCCACUGCCGCAGCACAUACUGGAAGCAAGCUUCCUCACCACCAAGUACAUUCAGAUUGCCGACAUGCCGCGCGAGGACAUCCUGCAGCAUUUAGAGGGCUGCGUGGACUUCAUCAGCACCGCCUUGGCCCAGAAGGGUAACGUGCUGGUGCACUGCUACUUCGGGGUAAGCCGCAGCUCCUCCACAGUCAUCGCCUACAUGAUGAAGCACCACAAUCUGGACUUCCUGCCCGCCUACGAGCUGGUCAAGGCCAAGCGCCGCUUUGUCCAGCCCAACGCGGGUUUCGUCAGCCAACUGAAGCUCUUCCGCCGCAUGGGCUGCAAAAUCGAUCCCAGCUAUCAGCGCUACAAGAUCCACCGUCUGCGUCUGGCCGGCGAGCAGAUGCGCAAGGCCAAGAUACUGCCGCAGAGCUUCCACAGCGUUGUGCGUCCGGAUCCGGACAUAACGCGCGAGAACCCCGAGCCAAUUGUGUUUCGCUGUCGUCGCUGCCGUCGCGUUUUGGCCUCCAAGUCGCACGUGCUAGAGCACAAGCCCCGCGACAGGCCGCCGCAAGAGACAGCGCAACCUGCUCCAGUGACCGCUCCUAAAGAGGAAACUAGUGUCCAGGCCCAGUCGGAGAACCAGAGCGGACCGCGCAUGCUUGAACAGCUGGCCGAGCGCAUUCGGCAGUCUUCGCUCGGUUCGCCUGGACAUGAGAGUGCACCAAACCAUUGCAGAAGCAUUUUGUUUGUGGAGCCCAUUGCCUGGAUGCACCGCAUCAUGCUUAACACCCAGGGUCGUCUUUACUGCCCCAAGUGCGAGCAGAAGCUGGGCAAUUUCAGCUGGAUCAACGCCUGCAAGUGUCCAUGCGGGGAGACGAUGACUCCGGCAUUUUAUCUAAUACCUUCCAAGGUAGAGCUCUCCAAGGCCGUGCAAAAUGUGCAGACCACAGUUUAGGAGCAGCAGCAACAGAAGCAGAAGCGACAAAGUCGUGAAAUAGAACGAGAUGGCACCAUCAGAGUACUAGGCUAUUUGUUCCCUCAAAGAUCACUGAAUUUUACAAGGAGAUCAAUAUAUAUACUUUCGUCCCAUAAAAAAGCAAGCUGCUUCCAAGCCCAAAUCUCAACUCCACAUAUCCCAGAGACUUCCCCAGAGACUCCUCUGCAAGAUGGUGUCAUCAGCAUCGAUCGAGACGCAUUUGAAAUUGGAGCUGAACGGAGCACUAGUAGAGAAGUCUACAGAAUAUUUUGGAAUGGAUUCCGAUGGAUGCUGAACCCAAACUCCAAUUGUUAUAGUUAGCCAAUGAAUUCGCCGAUAUAUAAUAUAGUUAAUUAUACACGUACAUACACAUGCGGAUGCCUGUAGGCACCCAAACUCGUUUGUGCUGUUCCGUACGAUGCAUUUGCAUAGCUUUUUGCAUGUCACCAAGUCUACACACAAACUAUGAAUGUAUUUUACACAUAUAUUUGACUUUUUGGAACGUAUUUUAUGCUAAGCCAAGGCAAAAAACCAAAGGAGAUGAAACCAAAACAUAUUUUCAGUGACAAUAUCUAAAAUUACGCUAUAAAUGUUGCAUGUUCAAGUGUUUCGUCGGCACAGAGUCUGGCCAAGGCCCAGGCGAAGGAUAAUGGUUUCGCUGGCCCUGGACCUGUGCACCCAAUAUCGAUGUGCUUUGACCUUAAUGUAUAUUGUACCAUUUAAAUGGGUGUGUGUUGUUGAUAUUAAAGUCAAAUUCGUUUGUUUUCCCCAACAAAA